ACGCCAAAACACGACAAGCCAUAUUCUAAGUCUCACUACUCAAUUGCAAUGGCCGAGGUCAGAAAACAGGAGAAAGACUUCACAAAGGAAGUUGACGCUCUCCUUCCAGAGACUUCCGCUCUUGCUAAGUCUGGUCAGCUUUCAGAUGCCUUGGAGAAAUUGUUUGCGCUGGAGAAGCAGACACGAAAUGCUAACGAUCUGCCUUCCACGACGCGCCUAGCUAAAGCAGCACUUGAGCUGUGUUACGAAUCCCGAGAUUAUACACAACUCAACAGCACCAUCAGCUUACUGAGCAAGAAGCACGGUCAACUCAAAGUUGUCGUUCAGGCAAUAGUCGAACAAGCAAUAUCGUGGCUGCCUGGGAUUCGAGAAGAGCAAGGUGUCGAGAAGUGGUUAGAGUUGGUUGAAACUCUGCGAUCUGUGACCGAGGGAAAGAUUUUCCUUGAGACUCCCCGUGCGCGCGUGACUCUAGUUCUCUCCCAUUACCAUGAAACUCUUUCCAAGGCUCCAAACGCCUCGGCAGCUACAAUCAAAGAAGCACUACAAACGGCCUCGGACCUCGUUAGUGACCUACAAGUGGAAACCUACUCCUCGAUGGAACGGAGAGAGAAGACGGAGUUCAUUCUAGAGCAGAUGAGGCUAUUGAUCGCUGUUGCUCGAUUGAAAGACGCGGAAGUCCCCGUGAAACAGGGGAAGAAUGCUCUUGGAACUGGCGAGCCGGAAUGGGUCAAGGCCAAAGUUGGGGGCCGCAAAGUCAAUGAGUCGUUCCUCAAGGAGAAAGCAAAUGAGGAUCUCAAACUCAAAUACUACGAUUUAAUGAUCCAACAAGCUCUUCAUCAAAGUGCGUAUUUGGAAGUGGCGAAGCACUAUGAGAAGGUUUGGGAUACGCCGUCUAUAAAGGAGGAUGAGAGCAAAAGCAAAGCCGCCCUCGAACACAUCGUUUAUUACGUGGUGCUUGCGCCUCAUGACAACGAACAAUCAGACAUGCUACACCAUCUGUUUGCUAACCCCGCGCUCGAGAAGCUUGAACUCCAUUAUAACCUUGUCAAGUCAUUUGUGACCCGUGAAUUGAUGAGGUGGCCGGGAAUUGAAUCCUUGUAUGGACCUUUCUUGCAAACAACGCCGGUAUUCUCGGUUUCCAAACAAUGGGAAGACCUCCAUACGCGCGUCGUAGAACAUAAUAUACGCGUGGUCGCGCAGUAUUACACUCGAAUCACCCUGUCCCGUCUCACGGUUCUUCUCGACCUUACACCACAACAAACGGAAGAAACGCUCGCUCGGCUUGUUGUUUCACAUACCAUCUGGGCACGUGUAGACCGACCAGCAGGUAUUGUCAGCUUCAGGAGUAAGCGCGGUGCAGAGGACGUGAUGAAUGAUUGGAGUUCGGACAUGCAAAAGCUACUUGGACUUGUAGAGAAGACUUGGAUAGGGAUGAACGCAGCACAGGCCGCUCAAUCUCGCAUCAAGGCAUAGUUGUGUAUUAUUACUAGUGGCUUAUGUUCUUGAUAUAAUGCUUCAAAAACAUUAACA